CAGUGUUUACCCUCCGUUAGUAACGCCACUUGUCAGUGAAGCAGUCACGGUGAGCCACGCCUCUUGUCCAUGUGCUCCAUCCACCAAUCCCUCCAUUCCUCUGCAACACACGCUCCGUACUUUGCAUAAAAUGUGUAUCAGUAGGGCAGCGCUCUCCCCUGCACAUGCAGAGCGCACAUGUAAUGUGGCUUUGCUGAACACAUACCACGGUCGAAUAAGCGCAUCACACUCCCCUCAGCUCCAGAUCCCCACCAAUGAAAAUGCUCUAAAGCGUGAAGGAGAGAGAGGGAGAGAAGGGAGUCCGCGCGAGAUACAAAGCGAGAGCCAAAUCCCACACAAACAGACACAACACAAGUUGGAGCGAGCGGAAAGGCGGUCACAUUUCCUACUUACCUGCAAACGUGAUUGAUGUGGGUGUUUGUACCAGUGGGUGUGUGUGUCACGCCUGACGCCCUGUUUGUGGUUGUGCUGACUCCACUAUCUUGGAAUUCAUGAGAUUCGUUUAGUCGUCGCUCGUGCAACAUCACAUCACAGGCAGUAUCCAGAGAGUGGAGAGACCGUCAGAGAAGAACUUAGACAUUGACAGAGACACCUGCCUCCACUUUUCCUAGGGAGCAUCUUUACGCGCACUGGACGCGUAGCCAUCGCUGCUUCCUAUUUUUUGCACUCUGUGAGCAGGUGUUUUACGCAAAGCUUUUUCUCGACUUUCCAACCUAUCUUCAAAAGACUUUUGCUCUAGUCAAGUGACAUUCAAAGACGACCAUCCUCAAGUUUGCUUAAAGUCGUCGACAUCAACAAGAAGCAUGGAUAACAGCCCUGGUGGAGGAGCUCGAUGAAUCUUUAUUUCAUCUGCAGCAGGUGGAGGGGUCAUCCUGUACGCCGGUUCCUCCGGCAGUAACAGUCCCAGCCCCGGCAGCCCUUCCAGUGGGUACCAGACACAGUCGCCCUCUUCGCACUCUCAGCCCUCAUCUCCGGAAGAGUUUACCUUCACAGAGAUUGGGCCACUCAAACAGAGGGCAACUGAGUGCACAGCCCCAUCCUCCAAACUGGUGUUCCAGUUCCCAGAGGUCUACAGUGGCCCCUCAAUAGCAGCCACCCCGCAGCACACCUACGCACACCCCAUUGCAGGAAAGAGGCCAUGUGGCUUCACAGGAACUUUCACCAAAACAGGUGGAAUGGUCCUGCUCUGCAAAGUCUGUGGGGACAUUGCAUCUGGUUUCCACUAUGGAGUGCAUGCCUGUGAAGGUUGCAAGGGUUUUUUCCGCCGCAGCAUCCAGCAGAACAUCAAUUACAAGAUGUGUGUGAAGAAUGAGAACUGUCUGAUCAUGCGCAUGAACCGAAACCGUUGCCAGCACUGCCGUUUCAAGAAAUGCCUCUCUGUUGGCAUGUCAAGAGAUGCUGUACGUUUUGGCCGCAUCCCUAAGAGAGAGAAGCAGCGUCUUCUGGAUGAGAUGCAGAGCUACAUGAACAGCCUAAAUGAGUCGGCUGCCAUGGACAUGGACUCAUCUUCAGUGAGGGACGUUCUCCCCAGCCCAGAUGAUGGCAACUCAAAAGAAGCCAUUGGGGCCAUCUCUCGAGCCUACCACGACAUCUUCACCAGCAGCAGAAGCAGCAACCGCAGCCAAGGACGAGUAGCCAAGAGGGCUAACGUCACCUCUAACAACAACACAUCUCCAUUUUCUCAGGAUGCCAGUUUUCCCCAAGUCUCAUCUCACCCCAACUCCACCCAGAGUUAUCAGUCUUGUCCUGUUGCCCCUGCCACCCUCUGCCCGGUUGCCCCGAAUGACAACCAUCCCACGUUCCACAAUGUGGACAACAGUCACUACGACUACUUUGUGUCAGCAAAUCCGAACCACAACCAGUCUCAUGGUACAACACCUCAAAGCGGCACCUCUGCCAAUCAUAACAGUUUUCGCAAUGCAGGACAUACCACAAACCCGCCCUCCUGCCCUUGGAAAUUAGCUCCAGGAGCUAAAGUGCUGGCCUGUCCUCUCAAUGCAUGCCCUGUGUCAGGGGCGGAGCGGUCGAGUCAGGAGAUAUGGGAAUCCUUCUCUCAGUGUUUCACUCCUGCUGUCAAGGAGGUGGUGGAGUUUGCCAAGGGUAUCCCUGGAUUUCAAGAGCUUAGUCAACAGGACCAGGUCAUGCUGCUCAAGUCAGGCACCUUCCAGGUAUUGAUGGUGAGGUUCUGCACCUUGUUCAAUGCUGAGGAUCGCACAGUGACCUUCCUGAAUGGAAAAACUUACCCACUCUCUACCCUGAGGGCUUUGGGCAUGGGCUCCCUGCUGGACGCCAUGUUUGAGUUCAGUGAGAAGUUAGGCUCCUUGGGGCUAGAGCCUGACGAAAUGGCUCUCUUCAUGGCUGUGGUGCUGGUUUCUGCAGACCGCUCUGGCAUCUCGGACAUGUGGGCUGUAGAGCAGCUCCAGGAGGGUCUCAUUCGCGCCCUGCGAUCACUAAUCAACAGACGUCGUCCAGAUGACUCCGCUCUCUUCCCAAAACUCCUCCUGCGCCUGCCAGACCUGCGCACCCUCAACAAUCUUCACUCCGAAAAACUCUUGGCCUUUCGCAUUGACCCUUGAGCGGACCACUUGCACAAAGACACAAACUUAUUCAGUACACCACAUAUUACACAUAUUACCUUCCAAGGGCACAACUUCCUUCAAACCUGAGUCACAAGUCACGGAGUGUUUUUCAUAAAGGAUGAAUGAGGCCAGCGGCGAAUAUAUUUUUUACAUCACUGAUCUUCAUGCAAUGUUUUUGGGACAAAUAAACACACACACACUUAAACUCUUGUAUAUACAUUAACCUUAACACCUCUUGAAAGACAUUCUUCCAGUAACAAAAUCAAUAAUUGUGUAGAGUUACUAUUACCCUUUUGACAGAUCGCUUGUGCAUUUGCUCAUUAUAUCCAAAGUACUUAAGAAUAAAAGCCAGUUCACUUGUUUAUUCCUUAAGUCGUACAGCAUCAACAGGCCAUCACUAAGCAGCAGCAGCUGAAAGACAAGAUAAUUUAAAACGGUUUAUUACUUAGGGACCAUUAGCAAUGAUCGACUGUGUUUCAGUUUGUGUUUAAAAGAAAGGGAACCUGUAUAUAAUACAUAGUGAAAUCUGAAAUAUUAAGGUAAUUGUGCAUUACUAUUUCACAAACAUGCCAUCUGCAUUAGCACUAGAAUGAGACCACUAUUUCAAUAUGUCACUUGUUAACAAUGUUAAUUUGGCACACCAUCUGUUUCAAUAUGACAACUUCAUUUGUCAAUCGCAAUUUAUGUGAUUUCACAAAAAAAAUUCUGUCUGCAUAUACUGUAUUACAUCUGGCAGAUGGAGAUGCCCCAUGCAUGUUGUACUUCCUUUGUUUAUUUUUGUUGCUGUAAAUAUUAUUUUACCCCAAUGUCUAUGUAUCAAUGACUGAAUUGAUGGAUCGGACGGAUGAGUUCGGUGUAAAGAAGAAUGUACGGACGUUCCUGUACUAGGUGGGGGUUUGACCAUGCCAGGGGGGCUUUUCACUGGAGACUAUGUAGUCGGGAUUCUUAGAUAGCUUAGACGCACUUCCUGCUAUCGGAUGAUGUAACCAGCUAGCAUAAUCCCUGAAAUCACCAGCACUCACUCCACAUGCACCCUGCCUCUCACCCCCCAAUGUUUGUCAUACAAACACAAGAGAUAUUUUUGGGUGAGAGAUCUUAUUUGAUCAGUCCUCUCGCUGUUUUGCUUGUUUGAUUAUGGCUGAUCAAGCACAUCUUGUACAUUUUGUAAAUCUUUCUUCCUGGAUAGAAAUUAUAUAAUGAUAUAAAGUUGAAUUAUGUAUUA